UCAUUCUAUUUCUUUUUCGCUAACUAAUAAGGGCAGUAAUCUCAGAGUGCUGGUACUCUGCCAUUGGUGUUAUUGAGACCUUUAGGGAUCCUUUUGAUUGGUAGUAUAUUCCAUUAUGCAUGGAAACCGAAUAAAACUACGUCAGCAACUAGAGAAAGAGCGUCUAGAGUUAGAAAGAAGAGGAGAGGAAGAAGAGAGAAGGCGACAAAGAAAUGCUAUUGUGUCACAGUCUUCUAACUCUGUUAGUAUACCCCAGAAACCUCAGCCACCCCAAGUGACUGUUGAAGUACCAAAGAAUGUUUUAGAGGUACAUUCAUCACUUCAGAACCCGACACCUUUUCAUGUGGAGUCCAUUAGGCAAAAUCAACUUCAUCAGUACUUGUCUGCUUCUCAAGGUUUAUCGUCACCUUUAUCAACUCAUAGUGCCCCAGCAUCAAACAAUGUGUAUGGUAGUGGUGCUGGUAGUGCUAAUAGUGGUCCACGUACAAUCCAGGCAUAUAGUGUUCAGAAAGAUCCAAUGCUUUCAGAGGUUUCAAGCGAUUUUAAUCACUCACCUGUUCAUCAAGCCCAAUCCACAGCACCAGUGUCAGGACUUCACUCAAUGUCAUCAACUGAACAUUAUUUACAGCACCCAACACCUGGUGUCCCUGUUAAAUCUGAAAGCCCAAUCAUGAUGAGUACUGAUCAGCCACUGUCACAAAAUGAUCAAGCUCUUAUUGAUGACAUUAUGGGUAUUGAGGAUAAACUGGAGGGAUUUACUCCACUUCCUUUUUUUGAGCAACAAAUGAUGAUGCCACAAACUCUUCCUGUAAGUAACAACUUACUUGACAUGUUUGGAGGUGGUGCAGCUUCCUCUCAUCAAAUGUUUGUACCGCAAAUUUCAUCAUCAUGUCCUCCUGAAGUUAAGGAAGAGAAAAUGAGAGAAGCCUGUAGUUUUGGUAUAAAUCCUAAUGCUAGUAUUGAUAUAAAACAGUUUGAAAAGGAGAGAAUAAAGAAAAACAAUCACAACAUGAUUGAAAGAAGACGAAGAUUUAAUAUAAAUGACAGAAUAAAGGAAUUAGGAAUGCUACUACCGUCGUCGGAAAGUGAAGCACGCCAGAAUAAAGGUAGCAUUCUUAAAGCUAGUGUUGACUAUAUUCGCAAACUUCAAAGAGAUGUUGAAAGGCUUAAGAUACAGGAUGCUAAACAAAGGCAACUUGAAGAAACUAACAGACAAAUGAGAUUAAGAAUUCAAGAAUUAGAAUUAACUGCGAGAGCUCAUGGCAUUCGAACUCCUUCUCUGACUCCUGAGACAAAACAAUUAGCUGAUGCAGCAGAUAAGGUAUUAGGUCCUACUACACCACGAGCUCGUUCUCCUGUUAGUUCAACAACUACAACACCUCUGUCUCCUCAUGUAUUUAGUGGAGUUGAUGAUUACAUGCUACGUGCUAGUCCUGGUAUUGAUAUAUCAAAACUUAAUAUCAAAACAGAACCACUUACUGAGGAAGAUGAUGAUCCUACUUUAUCUUCUCACCCUUUGUCCUCUCCUCCUGUCGUUACUCAAGAUCCUCAAAUGUCACUUGAAACUACUGCCAUUUUCUCUACUAGUUCGUCAUUUCUUACUUCUUCCUCUAUUGCUAUGGCAAACUCUACUGUUUUUGGAGAAUCUUAGAGAUCUUAUAGGAUGACAAUCAAGAGUGCUGCUGUUGACUCUUUCCUCUUUAUGAUGUACUUUUGCUCUCCCAUGUUUAUUUUUUCAAAAUUAUUAUUUUCUAUUUGAUUUCAGGUAUUAUUAAAGUUGUUGUAAUGCCUCCUACA